ACUGAGAGCUGCAGCAGAGUAACCCCGCCCCCAUUCUCCUCCAAGGCGUCCCGGUUGGCCGACGUCUCCAGACUGCAGGAUGACAUCAUCAAGCUGACGGACAAGAUCAAGAAGAAGCAGGAGAGCUUCCAGCGCCUGCAGACGGAGAAGGAGGCUCUGUACAACGACAGCAGGACGAAGAUCAAAGAGAUCAACCAGAGGAGAGAAGAAGAAGUGAAGGCGGCCAACCUGCGGCUGCAGAAGCUGCAGUCAGACCUGACAGCAACCAAUCAGGCGGCAGCGGAGCUGAAGGAGCAGCUGGAGAGCAAAGAGACACAGCACCAGGAGGCUGUGCAGGCCCUGAAGGACCAGGCAGCCAAUCAGAGCGCGCUCAGUCAGGAGCAGGUGGACGGCGUCCUGCAGGAGAACGAUGCUCUGAGGACGAACCUGGCCGCUCUGGAACAGAUCCAGACGUCCAAGACGCAGGAGCUGAACCUGCUGCGGGAACAGCAGGAGGCGCUGGUGGCGGAGCUGCAGCAGAGGAGGGCGGAGCAGGAGGGCCUGCUGGCCCAGAGGGACGACCUCAGCUCCCAGCUGCAGGAGUCCAGCUUCGCCAACAGGAAGCUGCUGGAGCAGCUGGCAGAGGAGACGCAGGAGAAGGAGCAGCUGCUGGGGGAGCUGGAGGAGACCAGGAAGACGGCGGAGAAGCGGAAGUCCAUGUUGGAUGACUUGGCAUCUCAGCUGAACCAGGAGAAGUCUGACCACAAGGAGGCGCUGUCUGACCUCAGGCUACAGCAUGAGAAGGAGGUCCUCGGGGUGAGAGCUCGCUACGAGAAGGAACUGCGGGUUCUGCACGAGGAGAAGAACCGCUCCGAGGAGGAGAUACGGCUGCAGCUCAAGGAGGAGAAAGGCCGGACCAGAGAGCUGCAGGGUCUGCAGCAGCAGCUGGAGGAGCUGCAGCAGCAGCUCCAGGCCAUGGAGGGAACCAGGGGCUGGUUCGAGAGGCGGCUGAAGGAGGCCGAGGAGAACCUGGAGACGAACAGCGAGCGGCACCGGCAGGAUGUCCAGAUGCUGCAGGAGGAACACAGCCAGCAGCUGCAGGAGAAACGAGCUGAGAUGGAGGGAUGGAGGCUGCAGCUGAUGGAGGUGGAGAAAGAGAGAGAUGGAGACAGAGAGACCAUCAGGAAGCUCAGACAGGAGCUGAAGGACACGGUGGACGGCCAGCGGAUCCUGGAGAAGAAGGGCAGCUCUGCGCUGAAGGACCUGAAGCGGCAGCUGCAGCUGGAGAGGAGGCGGGCCGACAAGCUGCAGGAGCGGCUACAGGAGAUCCUGACCAACAGCAGGACCAGGACAGGUCUGGAGGAGCUGGUCCUGUCUGAGAUCAGCAGUCCCAGCCGCACCCAGCAGACCGGAGACUCGUCCUCUGUGUCGUCGUUCUCCUACAGAGACGUGAUGAAGGACGCGCAGCCGGCCAACCAGAACCGGUCCGGCGCCGGCAGCCCACAGUCGCAGCGACCCGCCGAUCUUUCUGAUGACGAGGUCGGGGAACUGUUCCAGCGGCUGGCCGAGGUCCAGCAGGAGAAAUGGAUGCUGGAGGAGAAGGUGAAGCACCUGGAGGUGAGCUGCUCGUCGAUGGCCGAGGACAUCUGCAGGAAGAGCGCCAUCAUCGAGACCUACGUGAUGGACAGCCGCAGAGACGUGUCGGGCAGCGCAUUGGCAGCUCAUGGAGGCUCCCAGGGAGACAGAGGAGGUUUGGGCUCGGUGCUCAGAGACCUGGUGAAACCCGGAGACGAGAACCUGAGGGAGAUGAACAAGAAGCUGCAGAACAUGCUGGAGGAGCAGCUGACCAAAAACAUGCACCUGCAGAAGGACCUGGAGCUGCUGUCCCAGGAAUUAGUCCGGCUCAGUAAAGAGGGUGGUCCAGACGUUAGUGGCGCCACCGGUUCCGGAUGAGACUAUAAUCUGGAUCCGUCCUGCUUGCUUCCUUCCUCCUCACUUGCUGCAUUCACAACCUGCUGGGGUCUGUCUACUUUCUGGAGCCGGUGUGGUCUGGGGCCGGAGGACGAGGAUCUCUGAAGGUCUCAUUUCUUUUGCUGAAUGUACUGUAAUUAGACUGCACCGCUCACCUCUCUGGGCCCUGGCUAUGACCUGGAGAACUCUGUGUUUAUCUUACAGCAUGCUGACCUCUGACCUCAUCAGUUCAUGGACUUUGUGGUCACCAUGACAACUGAGCACAGACUGACAGCCAAUCAGUGAGCUCGCUUUCCGGUUGUUAUGGUUACUGUUUUGGUUUCGCUCUCACAAUGCUGAACUUUACUAGAAAACGUUCUGAAGACGGAACCGGAGAUUCUACCGCAUCCGCCCGUCACUACAGCCAAACUGGGCCACCUUGACCUGCAGCAGGAGGUCCGACUGGUUCUGGUUCUGAAUGGUUCUGUCUGCUACAAUAAACAGAACCACACAGUCCAGAUGUUCCUGACCAGGUCACAAAGUAUUUGAGUUUAGGUCGGUUCUGGACCUGUUCCAGAAUGAGACCAGAUUCUGCAGAAGCAAACGGAACCAUCUGACUGGUUCUGAUCCGAACCAGCAGACAGUGAACCUAUCCUGGUCCUGACCGAUUUUGGGAUCUGUUAAACCGGAACCGGUUCUUUCCUGAAAACAAAAGUUUCUGUUAAGUUUCACACAGAACCAGCUGAUGUUCUGACCCAGAGUAGAACGGACCAGCAGGUCGGGCUUCUGCUGUGUGGCAAGUUCUGUAGCGUCUCUGAUCCAGAACCGGACCUGCAGCAAUUAAUCACUAAUCAAGGGUUAGACUACUUCCUGGUUUCCCUCCCCGACAGAAUCAAAGUUCUGCAGCUGGUUCUGGUUUCAGCUCUCCUCUGGACUGUGUCUACUUCCUGGAAACAUUUCCUCUGCUCAUGCAGAGUCCGGAUCAGUCUACUUUGUGCAGAAUUCACGUUUCCAUUAUGAGUUUGAACUUAUGACUUACUGACCAUUCGGCUCUGACUACAUACUGGACUCUGCUUUCGACUGACGUCUCGGCUCGAUUUGGCCGGAGCCGGU